AUGGUUAAAUAUUACGGGGUUCAAACGGGGUGUAACCACGCCUCUGCAGCGGACCCUUCUUCUCUUCCCUACCUUAAGGUUCCAGCAGGCUGGUAUGCAUAUUACCCUGAGGACUUCCUUUCUCUCUUUUCUAGCGCUAUCAUGGACCUGCAUAGGAUUCAACUUCAAGGUACCACCGAGUCCGAUCUCAGCUGGCGAAGGGCAUUUGUGGCGUUUCUCGUUUUACGUCCAAGCGAUUUUCAAUGUCCUCAUGAGCCCGCUACACCUGGACUGGGUUUUGACACUGCAUCCAAGAUUGUGGAGGGCUUUGCUACAGCCAGAAAUCCUAUAGAUGAGACUGAAACUUCGGGAACCCUCCUUUUUACUCCAGGAAAGAUAGGAACCCAUUUCAUCUGUAGUUACGGAAAUUUCCCUUUGGAUGCGAGUAACGCCACCGAUGACAGUAGCUUCUCCCCCCAAGGACAACAGGGUGGACUGUUCGGUGGUCUAGGGUCGAAGAUGGGGACAUUUUUUGGUUCUUUAUCAUUUCUUGACCAGUCGAAAACAUUCGAGGUUCUUCCAGGCACAACGACGAAUUCUACAUCUUCCUCGCCCUCCAAUACCGCUUCUCCGCCACCAAACACCAUGAACGACAGAGAUCAAAGUCGGCGUCGUGGUCAUAACAGCCCGGGCAUUGCACCGAUCGUGGGAGGUGUCAUUGGAGGCGUAGCACUCAUUCUCCUCCUCCUUUCUAUAUUCUUCUACAGACGUCUCAGGUACCAACGAAAACUGAAUCAGUUUCACAAAGAACACAUGCUCCUCCUUCAACAACCUCCACCCUCACUUCAUUCAUCUACCGGUGCCAAUACCCUGGUUCCACGCUUCACAUCUCCUCCGAUGGCUACAAGCUCUCUCCCUCUAGCUCCAAAUCGGCGUUCAGAUGUCCCACCUGGAUUUGAAGAGACCUUUCAAAGGAGCUAUGGUCCACUUUCUGAAGGGCACCACUCUACUUCGUCUUCGUAUACUAUCCCACUUCCAAAUGAGCAUGUGCCUGUAUUUCAAGCACAACAUGGCCCCGGUCUGGAAAUGCAUCAUAGUUCGAGCGUAUAG